CAAUAAAUAUUGAAACGAUGGAUGCCAAGAGUGGUGGUGCAGUUCUGGAAGAAGAAUGCGGUUCUCAAUUACUGGAUGGCCGUACCCACGAGUACUCAACUUCUAAGUAUCACAAUUUCUGCGAGGAGGCAAUCAAAUAUGUGGAAGAAGGGACGAAAUCUAUUCAUGUCUACAAGGUAGCAAUGAAUGCAUUGCAAGAGGCUGCCAAGAAGAUUUUUGCUGUGAAGAGUGGUGUACCUCCAGGUGGUCAAGAUCAGAUGCCGGCAACAGGAAAAAGUGGAUCAGCAGCAGCAUUGCAAUCAGUGGUUAGCUCCUCUUACUAUACAACUUUAGCAAUUGAGGUGCAAGACCACUUUUAACCUUUCAUCUAGCGUAUGCCACUACUUGGUCUUUUUCAUUCUCUAAGAUGUUUUAGGCAAGGCUUAUUGCACUAAAGUAGGACUAUAUUG